AUGCCUCAUGGCUUCGAAGCAUUUCUUGGACCAUGGUCUUAUCCUACUUUUAUGGCUCCACAUUCAUUCGCAGUAAUUCAUGGGAUCUUAAUUCUACCAGCUUUGUGUCACUAUAGGUAUCUACUAAUCACUUCGUAAGUUUGUUGGUAUUUUAGAAUUACGGUAACUUUUUAAGCGUUGUACCAUUAAAAAGUUACUGUAGUAUUGAGUACUGUACAGAAAAAACCAAAAAAUGAAAUUUUGGUAUUGUAUUAAAUUCAGCUAUGCUAAACAAUACUAAUUUUUGAAAUAUUGUGCUAUAUAGUACUACUUUUUUAUAGUACUAUAUAGUACCACUGCCUCGGCAUUAAGAAAUAAAGUAGUACUGUAUCAUACAAAAUUAAGCCUAUGGGUUUGCCUUAGCUCUGGAAUGGCUGCUUUUGGUACUAUAAAGCACCACUUUUUAUGACAGUGCUAUGCAGUACUACUUAACAAUUAUCUAUACUAAAUUUGCUCUUUUUAGUGGAAAUACGGUAUCCCCAUGGAUAAUAUUGAGAAAUGUGUUUAUCUCUUUCUUAGCCGGCUCAUUCCUUGGCAUUUGCUUAGGUUACGGUGUUUAUCAAGCCAGCUCUCGGCCAUACGAUCAUUACUUUCAAUUUGUCACUCAUGAAUGGAUCGAUGCUGAUGGUACUACUCCUUAUCGAUAUGCUUGUGAUAUGGUGAGUUGA